GGGAUCUGCACAUCCAGGCCCCCGAUGUGAGAAGCAGCAGCAGAGGACCGAGGGGAGGGUGCUGCACGCAACUCCAGCAGGGCCAGCGCGGAGAGCCAGGACUCCCAAAAACAGGCGAGCGAGCGAGAGUUUCCAGAAGCCGACAUGAGCACGUACACGGUGACGCUGAACGGCCCGGCACCGUGGGGCUUCCGGCUGCAGGGCGGGAAGGACUUCAACAUGCCCCUCACCAUCUCCAGGAUAACGCCCGGCAGCAAGGCGUCGGGAGGCCUCUUAGCGCAGGGCGACAUCAUCUCGGCCAUCGACGGUGUCAGCACUGACGGCCUGACGCACUUGGAGGCCCAGAACAGGAUCAAGUUGGCCACCAGCAGACUCGUGCUCAGCAUGCACAAGUCGAGACGUCCUGCGCCCGUCCCCACAGCCACCCCCAGGAUGGACUCCCCCAUGCCUGUCAUCCCCCACCAGAAGGUCAUCGCCAACACACCUGCAAACGUGGAGUACACCCCUAGCUUCAACCCCAUCGCCCUGAAGGACUCGGCCCUGUCCACCCACAAGCCCAUCGAGGUGCGGGGCCCCGGCGGCAAGGCCACCAUCGUGCACGCGCAGUACAACACGCCCAUCAGCAUGUACUCGCAGGACGCCAUCAUGGAUGCCAUCGCUGGGCAGUCGCAGGCCAAAGGUCAUGAAGGUGAGGAGGCGGGAUCCCCCCUGGCCGCGGUGCUGCCCAUGAAGGACCCCGUGAUUGACUGCGCCUCGCCCGUCUACCAAGCCGUCAUCAGGCCCAGCGACAACUCCCUGGACUUGUCCGAGUGGGCUCGCCGUGCCGCCAACCUGCAGUCCAAAAGCUUUAGGAUGCUGGCGCACGUCACCGGAACCGAAUACAUGCAAGACCCAAAUGAGGAAGCUCUGCAGAAGUCGAGAGAGAAGUUUGAGUCGGAGAUGCGAGGUCCUCGCUUCGCCAAGCUGAGGAAAUGGCACCACGGCUUGUCGGCACAGAUCCUCAACGUCCAGAAUUAAAGUCAACAAGAAGCUAGUGGGAGGAGGGAAGGACGCAAGCAAGCACGGAAAAGAAAGAACGGGGACAGGGAGCACUACCUAAACACACAGCAAAUAACCGAAUAAGCAGGAGGAGGAAUGUGAAUGAGUGUCGCUUGUCGAAUGGCAACGUGUUGGCGUGAGAAUGCCUCCGUAUUGAUCAACUGUGCACCGGGUCGACUGUAUACAGUAUAUAUAGAGUAGGUACAGUCCAUGUAUGUGUUACGCGUGUCGUGUCUGCUGCCGAGAUCUGCAUAUUGUGUUUCCUCCGUGCUCAAGUGACUGUGCAAAAAAGAACACGCGUACGCUCGGUCCUCAUUCGCAAACAUGCGGCACGUUGUUUCCAACACACACACGUACUCGCACACGCGUGAUGCUUGGACGUGCACACGUAGGCAAUUAUGUAAAAAUGCACUAAAAAUACACUGAUGUCAAUUCAAUGUGAAUAAAUGUUUUCCAAAAAUGA